AUGACCUACUCCAUGACAGUCAAGCUCACGCCCGAGCAGCUCGAAGCACGGCGCCAUCAACUCAACCGUGCCGGCCUCCACGCCUGGCUCAGCCCCCUCGGCAUCUUGCUGGCCGUAUACAUCUACCGACGCUGCCUCCAUGCUGGCUCCAUCAGGUGUCUACCAGCUCGAGGCCCGCCGGCACGCGGGGCCCAUCUCCCCCUCCGGCUCCGCCGCAUCGCCUGGGUUCUCUCAACGACAUAUGUACCUGAGUACGGUCCGCUUUACAUUCCGCUCCUUGGUACACUCUACACUUUCUGGCUGCUCUACCUGACCACCCGCGGCACGGGGGACGAUUACAUGCACGUCACCAAAUCGAUGGGCCACGUCGCGGCGAGCCAGUUGCCGAUUCAUUACUUACUGAGCAUCAAGCACGCGCGGUAUAGUCCCAUAACCUGGGCGACGGGGAUGACGCACGAAAGGUUGAACAGUGUGCAUCGCCUGUUGGGGCGGAUCGUGCACUUGUUCCUUUCGUUGCAUGCGGUCUUGUACCUUUGGUUCUUUGUUUCGAUGGGGGUUUUGGGCAGGAGGAUCAAAGACCCGGACGUCCAAUUCGGUAUGCUUGCGUUCUGGGGAUUUACCGUUUUGGGAAUGUUGAGUUUACCGACGGUGAGGAGACGGGUGUAUCACGCCGUGUUUUACGUGUCGCAUGUCUUUCUCUCGGGAGUCGUGAUUCCCGCGUUGUGGGUUCAUGUGCCGUAUUCGCGCUGGUUCGUGGGGCAGGUUGUCGUGAUUUAUAUCCUCGGAGUAGCUUUGAGGGUCCAUAGCGCGAGGAAGGUUGAGGGGUUGAGGUGUCGAGCUAUAAAUACAGGCACUUCGAGGGGAUUGAUCCAAGUCACGUUCCACGUCGGGGCGGAAGAUCCGUUAGCAAGCGCGAUGCCAGGACAGCAUGUCUAUCUUGUGCGGAAGGGUAUAGCGACACCGAAAACUCCGGCGACGAUUGCGAAUGUGCAGAGGACUUCGGGUUCAUGUUGCCACGUGGAAAUCAUGCUGGUCCUCAGGAAUACAGGCGGGCCGGGGACGGCGGAUCUCGCGCGGAUUGCGGUAUGUGAGGGUUCGGGUUCAGCGACGAAAGGUCUAGUGCAAGGCAUGCGUGUCGAGGGUCCCUACGGCGGGGCGGGCGAGUAUAUGCCUGCAUUUCUUGGCUCGGAUACGGGUACGUGGCCGAAACCGAAGUCGAAGUCGAGGACCUUCUCUUCGAAUGGUCCCAUUCUCCUCGUUGCCGGCGGCAUCGGCGUCACGUACACGCUCCCGAUCUAUCUGUCCCUGUUGAAGCAGUCCAGAAAGAUCAAAUUCAUCUACAUCACCAAGACGCUCGGGGAGGCGCAAUGGGUGAUUGACCUUCUCUUGGACGCUCUACGAAACGGGGUGACAGACACUCUUGACGUGGAGAUCUACGGCACCAGGUCAUCCCAAGAUGCUCUCGAUAGGGGUGGUUCCGAUGCUGCUGCAACGUUGAAGAGUCCCUUCCUGCGCGCGAGGGGGAUUAAGGUGCAGGAUCUGGGACGGAGGCCCGAUUUGCGAGAGAGUAUAGAUGAAGUGUUCAAGGCCAUGCCGGACACUAAGGCGGCGCGUGACACGCAGUCCGCGGACGCAAGGGACGAGGGUCGGACCGUCAGUGACAGUAUCAGCAUCUUUGUAUGUGGACCCUCGGGGUUAUCCAGGCAUGUUAGAGGACUCGUCGGCCGGUGGAUGUGGCGGGAUGGCAGGAGCGUGGAUUGGUAUGAAGAGGUUUUUGGGUUCGGUGGGAGUUAG